UCGGCAUAGACACAAUGCAUUUCACCUGUGCAUGCGUGUUAUUUAGCAUCUCAUUAAAAAUUCCCUUUUGAGGCUGCAGAGAGCUGCUUUGGAAUUUCUGUGUAAGUCUUUUGGGAUCCGAAUAAUUUGGUUGUUUAUUUUUGAAACUGAAGACAUAUGUAAUGUUGUUGAACAUUCUGGCAUUAUGAUUGGUAGCAAGUAGUACAUUGUUUUCACUAAGAUUGAUAAUUUAGUUUUCAUUGGUACAACUCGAAAACUGACUCUAUAUCUUACUCAUCCAAUUGCUGGUCAAAUUUGAAAGUCAAAUAUCUUAAUGUCACAGAUGUGAGCAAGCAUUGCUGGAAGAGAAGAUUAUUAUUAAAAGGCUGUUUUGUCUCUAUUUUAUUUUGGAAUUCUUGUCUGGGAGACAACAUUGGAGACCUGUAUGACUAUGCUCACACGGAAUUUAGUCUCAGCCAGCGUACCUUCUAUUAGAGUUUUUUCAUCAGCAGCGACUAGAUUUCUUAAAACUGGAGAUAUAUUAAAGCGAGCUAGAAUUUUCACCAGUGAAGAUGUCUUGGAUUACUCUAAAGUGAGUCAUGACUCUAAUCCCCUGCAUUUUAAUUCUGAAGCUGCUCAGAAUGCUGGAUUCGAGGAUCGGGUGGUCCAUGGGAUGCUUGUUGCUGCGCUGUUUCCCAAGAUCAUAUCUUCUCAUUUUCCUGGGGCCAUAUAUGUAUCCCAAAGUCUGCAUUUCAGGUCACCUGUCUAUAUUGGAGAAGAGAUAUUUGGUGAGGUCCAAGCUUUCAAUAUAAGACAGCAAAAGAACAGAUAUUUAGCAAAGUUCAAGACAGCUUGCUUUAAGGAUGGUUGCGUUGUUAUUGAUGGUGAGGCUAUGGCUGUCUUACCUACACUUUCUGUGGAAGAUUAGAAGACUUUGUGAUGACAGAAGCUUGUUCCAGACUUAAACAUUGAACUGCAAUGCAGUGCCUUGAUCAAACAAUAUUUACUUCUGAGAACCUCAAACCAUCUCCCCCCCUAAAAGUUCUCUAGUUUAUUGUUUUUGUUUUCUUCGAUGGAUUCUAGUGAAUCAAGAAGAUAGACUGACAAUCUUUCUGUAACCAAAUCCAUAUG